UCAUCAGUCUUGUGUCCUGUGUUGGCAGUAACAAACCCGUCCAUCCAUCCAUCAUCAUAACCUAUCCCGGUGCGCUGGAAUCAUGAAGUUUGCAAUCGUUCUCUGCCUUAUUGCUGGAGCAUUCGCUGAGCCGCCUCGUUUCAGACCCGCGAGGUUCAGGUCUCAGAGACAGGAGCUAGCUCCGACCACGGAGGCGACAGAAACGACCACCGACUUCCCCGGAUAUCCUGCUUCGGGAUGGAAACCUUCAGGAGAGCCGUUCACUCUACCUCAGGAGACUUCAGCGUCGACGUACGGACCCCCAGAUGCGGGUGCCCCGUACCCUGCUUCGGGAUGGAAGCCGGCUCAGCCUUUCACGCUGCCCCAGGAGCAGUCACCGCCAGCUACCAGCUACGGAGUUCCGGACAACAGUUAUGGAGUACCUUCGACCGACGCUCCGACAACUGAUAAUCCAGCGGCGGAAAAGUUGGAGGGACCGGUUGAGGUGGCCAAGAGUGUUGGAACCUACUACGUGCUGCUGCCGAAUGGUCAGCUCCAGAGAGUGGAGUUCGUGUCACAGAAUGAUAUCCAAAAUAUGAGAUACACUGCUCGCUUGCAGCUGAGAGACAGAGCGCCCCUGUAUGUGUUUGGACCUUAAAAGUGUCAAAGUUUACCCAAAAUAUUAUGUUUCUAGUGCACACGAAAAUGGAAAUAAAUUAAUUACC